GCACCUACAUGUGCUGGUCUAAAUUUCUGCAUUCCAGCAUGCACAGAUGUUUGAUCACAGAAUGCUAGGUAUUUGCAGUUGGGCUUGCUUCCUUGUGAGGACAGUAUAUACCUAAUGUGUUUUUAGACAUCAUUGAGUGUUAGUCAUGCUACAUGUGUUCAAAAAUGUUAUGAAAAUUUUCCAAAUUUAUUUCAGUCAGAAUUCAUAGAUGUCAAUUUGUAUUCCCUUGACUAGUAUAAUGUCAUGGUGUGUUGCAUUCAAAGUCAGGCAUCAUGCUGAUAAUGCACUGUACUUACUAUACCCUGGUGUGUACCAACAUGUUCUUUUCUGGUUGGUGCAUUUCAGUGUACCAUUGGUGUGAGGUGAGAACCAGGAUGUGGAUCAUGGGAAUGGAAAGGUCUGGUGCAGUACCUAAGUUAAAUGAAACAAUGGCCAUAGAACUGGGUGGCAACAUGAUUGGUGAAGGCAUCGUGUUCGGGAUCGCGGCCACCAUCCUCGUGUACGAGUACAACCGGUCGGCGGCCAAGGAGGAGGCGCGCGAGGCGGACCAGCAGCAGCGUCUGCUGGAGCUGGACAGCCGGCUGGACGACCUGCGCUUCACGGUGGAGGAGCAGGACGCCAAGAUCCGUGAGCUGCGCCGGCUGCUGGCGGUGCCGGCCGGGCCCGGCUGGACCGAGCCCGGCCGGCGCCCGCCCAGCUGAUCACGCGACGGAGCGCGCUUUAGCCGGUAGCCGUUGUGAGCGGGGCGAGCUUGUCUUGAGAGCGUGGUAUACUGUUGCCAGCGAGCGAGCUGGAUAGCCGGUGACGUUACGUUACGGGUGGGCGGUUUGGGUGACAGACUUGUGCGUGGCGAUGACUGUUGUUGCGGCCGGCGUCCAAAGGGUAGUGAUGGAAAAAUUGUCGAUGAUGUGACAAUUUACCAGCGCGAGGUUUGCAUACUGAAAAGCGCUGCCGUCCUGCACAUUCUUGCACAGCGACGGGGUUGAGAAUGUUUGUUUUAUUCCCUUCCGUAAAGAGGCUGGUAGAUUCUGUAAAAAUGGCAUUAGCUCGACGUGGAACAGCCGGUGUUUACCGUGCUUAUUGAUCGACUUGUGUUACGGCGAAUACCAUCGAACCAGUUUUUGCAUAUGCGGUCUUUCGACAAUGUUGUGUCCGUGAGUCGGUCACAUGCGUAGCGUAGCGACUGCCAGUGCGGGAAUGGCCGGUGUUUUACACGCCGGCGUACUGUGCAUACGGUGGAAGUCAUCGAUUCGGUUUUUGACGUUGCAGCCGUUCAGUAAUGUUUCGUCUACGGGUGCGUCAUUUGCGUAGAGCCGCUGCAUACACGCGGGACGUCUGCCCCGCCGCCACCAAUCUUGAAACAUUGUUGCCGCACAUUGCGGCACCUAUAACAUUUUAAACUUGACAUAGGUACGUGCUGUGUUCAGCAACUUCAUGGCAAAUUGAAGUGAUGACGUGAUAUGGUGUCUCGGAUCUAUGCGCCAGGUGCUUACGAAGUACCGCGAUUCGGUGGACAUCUCUGCUUAGAGAUGGCUACGGUCCCGACUCGCCACGUGCGCUGGUGAGACUGUGUCGCGUGGGGCCCUCUUCCUGGCGCAUAUUUUACAAUGGCCUUAGGCACCCAGUUGUGAUUGUUGCGAGGUCCGAUAUUUACAAGCCGUCAAUGGGAGAUGCGUUGUGUACUGUGCAAUACACCACAGCCAACGAGAUGUGUUGUGUACCAUGCCCGUACCCUGUGCAAUAUACCACAGCC